UACCAUAAUGGUCGUAGUUUCAUUCCCCUUACUUUUAUUCACCUGUCAACAAUCGUGAAAAGGGAAACUAAUGCUGGCCUGUCUAUUUACUUAAACUAGAGCAUGCAAACACUACUGACUAUUCAGAUGGAACUUACACUAAUUCUUCUCUAAGCAAAAGAAUGAGUUCAACAUCAGAUAAUAACACCAAUGCUCUGGAAGGGGGAGGAUUAUGCUACAUCGGUAGUCUAAAAAUUGCCAUUUCUGCUGACAUUCCCGCAGAUGCCAGGAGUUGGACAGAGAACAUUCUUUCUCUUCUAAGAGUUAAUCAGAAGUUUGACAUUUCUUUUAGCUCAUAUGAUAUUUUUGGAAUGAAAGAAGAAGAAAGAACAAGAUCAGAUCCAAGACACCGUGCAAAACUUGAUUUUUACCAAAUUGUAGUUAAAUCAUUAAUUGAUUUUGAGGCUCCAUCUGUUGAGGGCCUUACAUCUCAAAAAAUAGAGGAGUCAUACAAAAAACUAAAAAGUAUAAAACAAUGCCAAGAUAUUCAAGAAUGGCUGGAUAUGGAUUAUAUGCAUACUUGUAGUUCUAAAACUGAUUUAAGAGAAAUGUGUAUUCGGAUAUUAGAGAGGGUGCAUCAAUUCAUGUCUCAGCUGUUAUACAUGGUCAACAAAAGAGAAAACAGAAAAAGUCUUUCAGGAGGAAUGUUUUUACAACUUUUUGCAAGAUAUGCAAAAAUAUUUGGCCUCGAAGUAAUGUGUGUUCCAAAUGUUCCAGCUUAUGAAUUACAAAUUGGCCACACCACAGUAUCUGCUGAACCAGAUGCCAUUGUGAUAGACCCAGUACAUGAAAAUGCAGUCCUUGCUAUUAUACAAAUGAGUAACCAAUAUGAACACACUGUCAGAAAUAAUUCAAGGAAUUUUCAAGCUAAUCAUAUCAGAUCAGACUUAAAAGGACAACAUCUUGCUCAAAUGUUAGCCGCCCUACAUGAAUCAGCAUUUAACUGUAAAUUCAGUAAACCUAAAAGAUUGUAUGGAUUUAUUGUUGAAGGAACUGAGAUAACAGUAACAUCAUUAUCCUUGCUAAAUAAGGGAUUCCUUAAUGAUUUGAAGGAAGGAUGUUUACCCCCAGAGUAUUGCGCAGAAAUGAAGUUCAGCACACGUUGUAACAUAUUAACCCAGCAAGGAAGACUUGGUCUACUUUCUACAUUGGUAGAGAUGUCAGCAAUAUCUCAGUACAUGUUUUAGUACAGUUAACGGGUAAAAAAAACUACCCUAUCACUGCAAGUAAGGUUUGGCUUAGAUCCUACUUUGAAGGAUAUGUCAGCACUACAAGUUGUGCUAUUUAGUCUAAAGAAGGAGAAUUUACCUUUAUUUCCUUUUGGAUGAAUUAUUUGUAGCAGGAUCUUAAGCUGAACAUCAUUGAACGAACCAGAGGAAUUGAUUUCCCAUUCACUGAAUUCAUCCCAAUUAUGUGAUUAGAAAACAGUGUGAACCAUAAUAUGUGUACAGUAAUGUGGGCAAAGACUAAAAACUACAGUAAAACCAUUAUGUAAAUGCAAACAUUCAUUUGGUAAAUGGACACAAGUAAUACGACACUACACUGGGAAAUGACUGUAAGUUACCAGUCAAUUUUACUUGAAAUGUAAUUAAUUGAAAUAUUUACUUGAAAUGUAAUUAUUUGAAAUAUUUACUUGAAAUGUAAUUAUUUCAAAUAUUUACUUGAAAUGAAUGUAUUUGAAAUAUUUACUUGAAAUGCAAUUAUUUGUUAUAUUAAAAAAAAAUAAAACUGAAUUCUUGUAUUAAAUAACCGUUUUCAUAAUAGUUUUUUAUGUGUUAGAAAGUUGUGUUCAUAUAUGUGUUCUUAAAAAAACUGCAUGAUUUGUCUCCCUUUUAAUGUGUUUGUUUCAUAAUUCCUGUCAUUUAUUUAUAUUAACACAAAGAUAUACAAUCAAAUGAUACCAUAUGAAAAGCUUUCUGUAGACCAAUACAUUGUGAUGUAAAUAAUGAAAGAGGGGAGGGGCAAACAAUUCAUGUUAAUGUUGUAUUUUCCAUUCUGCAAAAGUUUGGUGCAAUGUAAGUUUAAAGUGUCAAACCUUACUGAGGAACCGUGAUUGUAUUUGAUAUAAAGAAAAGUGUUCUUUUAUUGGAUAAAGACAUCAAAGAUGCAAACAUUUCAUUAUAAUCAUCAAUAUAAGUUAUAUUUAAACAAAUCAUUAUCAUUCCGUAUUAAUGCAAAUAAAUUACACAUUCUCUCUACUUGUAAGUUUUUUAAAGAUAAGUUACUGAUUGUGUUCAAGUGAAUUUAGCCUUUCAAAUAUAUGAACAAUGUCACAAAUAGUUAUGAAAUGUCAUGUAAAAAGUAAAAUCACAAAAAUACUGAACUUAGAGGAAAAUCAAUUUUGAAAGUCCAUAAUCAAUGAUAAUUUAAAUGUAGUUAAAAGAAUCAUGGCAAUUUUGUAAUGAAUGUUGCUGAGAAAUGUAAUUGAUAACCUCAAUGUUAUAUGUAUAUAACGUGUCACAGUACUUAUCUAUCCCAAAUUCAUGUAUUUGGUUUUGAUGUUAUAUUUGUUAUUCUCAUAGGAUUUUGUCUAUUGCUUCAUCUGUUUCUGUGUGUGUUAC